UCAUCCACUUGGAACAUAAUCCCUUAUUAUGUGAUUGUCCCUUAUAUGAUCUUUUGCGUUAUCGUGAAAGAAAGAUGUCUACUCGUGUUCACGAAUACUUUAAUAUUAAAUUUACAAAUUUAACGUGUGUACAACCUGAUGGAAAGAACGAGAUAGAAAUUAGUAAACUGAAUUCGAAGACUUAUAAAUGUCUCGAGCAUAAAUAUUUUAAAACUGAAAAUAAUUGUCAAAAUAAUUGUACUUGUUAUAUAAGACCAGCAGACAAGAUUCGUAUUUUAGAUUGCUCGUAUAAAAAUAUGUCAAAAUUUUUAAUCAAUGAGACAGGAGUGAUUUUUAUGAGAAAUAAUCCUAUUAUAUUAAAUCUGACAGGAAAUUUUUUAACGGAGAUACCAUCAAUAGAAACAUUUAAUCCAAUAAACGUUACAAGUUUACUGUUAUCCAAUAACAAAAUAUCUUCAAUAACGUUUGACAAAUUACCAUAUAGCCUCAAAGUAUUGGAAUUACAUAACAAUUAUAUAUCAAAAAUUUCGUUGGAUGAAUUGAAUUACUUGAAAUCUAUAGAUUGGAAAAAAUUUACUUUAAGUGGGAACCCAAUAAUAUGUGAUUGCGAUAAUGUAGGUCUAUUUAAUUUCGUCAAAUUAAAUCGACAUUAUUAUAAAGAUCUAAAUAAUUUAACAUGUGAGAACACGGAUUUUCCUAUGUAUGAGCUAACCACAGCCUAUUUCUGUUCAUUAUGUCAAUUACAUUUUAUACUUUGCCUGGGUCUUACAAUGAUUAUAGCAUUGCUUGUAAUUGUAAUAUUCUUUAAUAGAAAAAAAAUCAAAUCAUGUUUGUUCACCCGCAUAUGAUUACCGGUUUCUUAAUCCGCUAAAAAUUUCUGCGAAAUUAAUAAAAAGAAAAACGUACGUCAU